AUGCCGCUGUCGAGCGACGCUCUCGACGCUCUCCACGACGUGCACUCGACCGGUGUACUUGCCGCUGGUGCCGAGGCACGGAGCCCGUCGCUGCGGCCUAUUUCCGAGAUCCCGCCACCGAUGGGCACAGCCUCGAACUCGGCGGCGCCGCCCCGCGCAGCGCUCAUGCGCCCGCCUGGCGCGGGAGCCGAUAUUCCGCCCCUGUCGCCACAGGAGCUGGACCUCGGUUAUCUGUCGCCCAUGAUGGCGCCACGCGACGACAAGGCACAGACCGAUAUGCACCUCCCCGUGCCCGGCGAUGCAGCGAGUACUGUGCCCUUUACGCCGCCGCUGGCGCCUUCGUCGAUUGACACGCAGCCGCGCCCCGUCUCUCCCCUGCGUCCGGUCGCGGUGCCUGCGAGUGCGCCGGACCCGGCGCGCGAUGGCGGCCUGGUCGACCCUGAGCUCAUGGGCAUGGCGCCUUCGCCGUCCGAGUUCCGUACCACCCCUCAUGCCUCGCGUGCGGUGCGCGACCAGGUCACUGCUGCACAGCGUGCCGCGAGUCCCUCGUCGCUGGCGCGCGCUAAUACGCUGCCGAGCCAGCGCCCGCCGAGCGUGCACGCCCACCAUGGCGCGCCGCCUGCUGGUGCGGACCGGAAUACGCAGCAUACUGACCUGGCGCGGCAUGCGUCUGCGUCGCACCGCCCCCCCGCGGCGCUGGAGCGCAAAGAGAGUUCUGCGUCCCCUUCGCGCGAGGAGCACCGCUUCCGGUGGUCGCUGGGCGACUACAUGCUCGGCAAAACGAUUGGUGCGGGCAGUAUGGGCAAGGUCAAGUACGGUUGCCACAAGACCACGGGCGAGAAGGUUGCUGUAAAGAUUAUCCCCCGCAACACCUCGGUGAAUGCCGUGCAGCACCAGGCGCGCGAGAAGGCGAAGCGCAACGGCACGCCCCUCCCCCGCGACCUGUCCGACGACCCCGAGCUGCAGUCUGCGCUGCAGCGUGCUGCGGCCAAGGACAAGUCGAAAGAGGUGCGCAUUAUGCGUGAAGGCAGCCUGCAGCUCCUUUUGCGGCACCCUCACAUCUGCGGGAUGCGGGAGAUGAUUGUGCACAACAACCACUACUACAUGGUCUUUGAGUACAUCAACGGAGGCCAGAUGCUGGACUAUAUCAUCUCACAUGGCCGCCUGCGUGAGCGCAGUGCACGCAACUUUGCGCGCCAGAUUGGCAGUGCGCUGCAGUACUGCCACGCGAACAAUGUGGUGCACCGCGACCUGAAAAUCGAAAACAUCCUGAUCUCCAAGUCUGGCAACAUCAAGAUCAUCGACUUUGGCCUGUCGAAUUUGUACUCGCCCAACUCGCAUCUCAACACCUUUUGUGGCUCGCUGUACUUUGCGGCGCCUGAGCUGCUCAACGCACGCGUCUAUACCGGCCCUGAGGUGGACGUAUGGAGCUUUGGCGUGGUGCUCUACGUGCUGGUCUGUGGCAAAGUGCCGUUUGACGACCAAAACAUGCCUGCGCUGCAUGCCAAGAUCAAGCGCGGGAUUGUCGAAUACCCCGUAUGGCUCAGUGCCGAGUGCAAGCAGCUCCUGUCCCGGAUGCUGGUCACUAACCCCCAGCAGCGUGCGACGCUGAGCGAAGUCAUGACCCACCCGUGGAUGAUGAAGGGGUACGACCACGUCGAGUCCCCGCACCUUCCUGCGCGCGUGCCUCUGCGGCCUGGCAUGCUGGACAUGAGAGUCGUGGAAGGCAUGACGGGCUUCGAGUUUGGCUCCGCGUUCGAGAUCGAGACGCGGCUGAACGAGGUGCUGCGCAGCGACGCCUACGCCCCGGUGCUUGCGAACUGGGACCGGCAGCACGGCCAUGGCAGCAGCCUCGGCCUCGAGCUGCCCAUGCGCCAGAACUCGGACGAGAGUGCGUCGAGCGACUCGAGCCGCAGCCGUUUGUCGCGCCAGCUGACGGGCGGCAUCAACUUUUACAAGCGCCGCCUCUCGCUCAAGUCGCGCGACGAGGACGAGUCGUCGCGCGCCGACCAGCCGCCCGGGAUCAAGGGGCCGCUCGAUCCGACGCUCGGCUUCCACCCCCUCAUCUCGAUCUACUUCUUGGUCCAAGAGAAGAUGCAUCGCGAAAAGGUCUAUGGGCAGAUUUCGUUUGCCUCGAGCGACAUUGCGCUCGAGACAAGCAGCACGGCACACGUAGCGCUCGGCAACGCCGUCUCCCCGCCGAGCGCCUCGCCCAAGACCGCCUCACCGAUCGCUUCGAUCCAACCGAUGCCGACCUCUGCUGAUAUACCCCAUGAGCCGGUCAAGGUCCCGGAAAUGACGCACUCGUCGCAUCGCACGACCGAUCUCCCGAGCUCGUUCAUGGGCCCGGCCCCCCCGCCGCGCGCCGCCGGGCCGCAGACCCCGUCGGCGACCACAAGCGAGCUGCCUACGCCCGUCUUUGAAUCGCGCCAAAAGUCGCAGCCGCGGGGCGUGAUGCUCGGUAUGCCCCGGGCCCGCGCGCACGCCGACGAGCUCGAGUCGAGUCUGCGCGCGAACCUCGCGCAAGGCGACGUGCCUGCGUGGCACAACAAGCACCUGCCGCAGCCGCCCAACGACGGCUCCGGGCGUGCCGUGCCGAGGCGCAGCAUGAGCCUGAGCGGAUCGGUGCGCAGCAACUCGCCGUCGCAGUCGGCUUAUGCCGGGCGGCAUUCGCCGAUCGCCUCGCCCCUUGGCCUCGGUGGCAUGCAGCGUGCGCUCCCGUCGCUGAGCACGAUCGCGGCCGAGGACGGCACGGCGCCUGGGCGCAUGACGCCGAACUCGACGUCGGCUAACUCGGCGCUCUCUGCACACACAGCGCCCGCGUCGAUGCCUGAGCCCGGCCUGUCCCGCCGCUUUGGCUCGAUGCUUGGGCGCUUCCCCGCGCAGCAGCGCGUGGCGCCGUCCGAUGCGGCGUCGCUGCCGAGUCCGCGGACGCCGCAGAACGAGGCGCCGCUUCCUCCGACGCCGAGCGAGGCCGCGCAAGGCGAAGAAGGUGUCGGCUACGCGUCUGGCGACAUGCCCAUGUCGCCCGAAGAAGCCAUGUCCAAGCCCGUCUUCCUCAAGGGUCUCUUUAGUGUGCACACGACCAGCCGCCGUUCGCGUGCAGUGAUCCGGCGCGACCUGAUCCGUGUGCUCGAGGAGAUGGGCAUUCCCCACCGCGAGAUCCGCGGCGGAUUUGAGUGCGUCUAUCAGCCGAGCGUGAAUGUCGACGGCGAAGGCGAGUCGCUCUCUGCGACGACGUCGCGCACCACGACGGCCCUCGCGCACACUGCCGAGGCCACGCGCUCGACCGUCUCGACGCCCGGUGGCGAUACUGGGAGCGUGGAUGUGGGAGAGAUGGCGAUCCCCGGUGGGUCCCGCGACGUGUCGCUUGUGGCGACGGGCAUUGGCGAGGUCGGCAUCGACCGCCCCCGCGCGGACGCGCCGGGCGGCGAGGCGGACCUUUCUGCGGUCUUUUUCGAGGUGUUUGUCGUGAAAGUUCCACUUCUCCUCGGUAUCAACGGUCUGCAGUUCCGGCGCAUGUCGGGCAACCCCUGGCAGUACCAGAUGCUGGCGAAGCGCAUUCUCCACGAGCUCAAAUUGACCAUGUCGGCAAUUGAGCUGAUCAACCCCCGUGCCGAGUCCGUACGGCGGAUCCAGGCGCUGCAGGUGAAUAUCGCCGGCGCCAUCGGCCUUGCGCAGGUCGUGCGCUCGAACCUCGGGCCGCGCGGCACGCUCAAGAUGCUCGUCGAUGGCUCGGGCAACCUGAAGAUGACCAAGGAUGGCAAGGUGCUUCUGACCGAGAUGCAGAUCCAGAACCCUACGGCGGCGAUGAUUGCCCGCACGGCGGUGGCGCAGGACGAGCAGUGCGGCGACGGCACGACGUCGGUCGUGAUCCUCGUCGGCGAGCUCCUCAAGCAGGCCGAGCGCUACAUCCAGGAAGGCGUGCACUCGCGCGUCAUCUCGGAGGGCUUUGACGUGGCCAAGGCGGGUGUGCUCAAGUUCCUCGACGAGUUCAAGCGCACGCUGCCUAUGGACCGCUCGACGCUGAUCUCGGUGGCGCAUACCGCGCUGGCCACCAAGCUCUCGGGCAAGCUCGCCACGCAGCUUGCCGACAGCAUUGUGGAUGCUGUGCUUGCGAUCAAACCGCGCGACCCCGCGACAGAGGCGCCCGCACCCGCGACCGACGGCUCGACCGAGGACGUGGGCCAGUGGAACAUCCGCGACCCCAUUGACCUGCACAUGGUCGAGAUCAUGAAGAUGCAGCACAAGUCCGACACGGACACGCAGCUUGUGCGUGGCCUGGUGAUGGACCAUGGCGCGCGCCACGCCGACAUGCCGAAGCGCGUCAAGAACGCGUUUGUGCUCACCCUCAACGUGAGCCUCGAGUACGAAAAGACCGAGAUCAACUCCGGCUUCUUUUACUCGUCCGCCGAGCAGCGCGAGAAGCUCGUCGAAUCCGAGCGCCGCUUUGUCGAUGCCAAGCUCAAGAAGAUCAUCGAGCUGAAGAACGAGGUGUGCGACGCGCCGGCGGGCACGCCAGAGAACGAACGCAAGUCGUUUGUCAUCUUCAACCAAAAGGGCAUUGAUCCCAUGUCGCUCGACAUCCUCGCCAAGAACGGCAUUCUGGCGCUGCGCCGCGCCAAGCGCCGCAACAUGGAGCGCCUGCAGCUCUGCUGCGGCGGUGUCGCGCAGAACAGCGUCGACGACCUCUCGCCCGAGAUCCUCGGCUGGGCCGGCCUCGUGUACGAGCACACGCUCGGCGAGGAAAAGUAUACGUUUGUUGAGGACACCAAGGACCCGAAGAGCGUCACGCUGCUCAUCAAGGGUCCGAACGCCCACACCAUCAACCAGAUCCAGGACGCGGUGCGCGACGGUCUGCGUGCAGUCAAGAACGCGGUCGAGGACAAGGCGCUCAUCCCGGGCGGCGGCGCGUUCGAGGUCAGCGCCUCGGCCUACCUCCUGGACACGGUGCGCCGCAGCGCCAAGGGACGCGCCAAGCUCGGCGUCGAGGCGUUCGCGCACGCGCUCAUGAUCGUGCCCAAGACCCUCGCAAGCAACGCAGGUCUCGAUAUCCAGGACGCGAUCGUGGCGCUCCAGGACGAGUGCGCGGACGGCCACACGGUCGGCCUCGACCUGCAGACGGGCGAAUGCAUGGACCCGAUGGUGAACGGCGUCUGGGACAACUACCGCGUGAAGCGGCACAUGAUCCACUCCAGCGCGGUCAUCGCCUCGAAUCUCCUUUCCGUAGACGAGAUCCUCCGCGCCGGACGCUCCUCGCUCAAGGGCGACGGGCCAGGGCCGGGGCCGAUGUAG